ACAAACACAAUGGCUCGAGUGGAGGAGUCUCUCUAUCGGCGCUUGUUCCGUGAGUUUUUGCGGCAGAGUUGCAUCAAUGGACUGCAUCCGUUCCUUUAUCAUUCACCUGUUCGUUAUGCCAAAACCCUUUGGCUAGCACUGCUCACCGCUAUUGUGAUCUACACCCACAUUGUGAUUGUUAAUCUCACCCAGGAGUACCUGGUGCAGCCCACCGAAAUCCAUAUAGCACCCGACCUAGUUCAUGUAGCCAACAGCCCCUUUCCAGCGGUUGGAGUAUGCACCGCAAACAAAAUCAGUAAACGCUUGCUCCGAAUUUAUGCCGUAAAACUAUUCCAUCACCAGGGCAACUCCUCUCUGCAGGCGGUGGCCCUAGAUGUGGACGAUAUGGCCGAUCGCCUGCUGGUGCUGGCUCAGUUCUAUCUGAACCCCCUCGAAACUGAACGUUGGAAUGCCUCGGAGCUGGAUCGGCUGCACUGGCUGCUCUUUAGUUACCACAACGACAGUGGAUACUCGGUGAGCGAUAUACUAAGUGGCUUGUCCCCCGAUUGCGGGGAACUGGUAAUCAAAGGCAUUGUCUUCGGGGCGCCCGUCAACACCAGUCAAAUGUUCCUGAAACGACCAACCUCUACGAAUGUGUGUUGCAUAUUUAACUACCAACGUAAAAGCUAUUCCCGAUUUGCAAACAAGCGAGCAGAAGAGGAUGCUGAGAUGAAAGCUGUCCCAAAGGUGGUAUUUGAAUCGAAUUCUAUAUUGAAUAGCGUUCAGUUUGUUCUGCAGGAUACUCCGAAGGAAGAUCAAACAAACACCUUUCAUACCAAUAACGCUUUUCAUCUAACAAUUUUUCCACAAGAGGACUAUGCCACCAUCCAAUCCACAACUUUAGGAGAAGUCCUUGUGGAUCAUAGCACCAUAGUGGAGAUUCCCAUUCAACCGAUGUUUUUUAGCUCAAGCAAUGGGGUUCGGGCUGUUUCACCGCAAAAGCGACGAUGUUACUUUCCUGAAGAAGGUAGACGAUUGCUAAACCAGUCAUACUACUCUCUGGAUGAGUGCCUUCUGGUAUGCCGCAUCAGGAGCAUGGUUGAUCAUUGUGGCUGUAUCUCUCCACCCAUGGUUGGCAGUUCUAUAGACAUCGCUUACUGCAUGCUACCCGAUCUGCCCUGCUUGAUGAGAUGGAAAAGCAUUUGGUAUGGCUACAGUGAGUUCUCCUAUCUGCAGAAAAAAGAUGAGCACUUGGCUCAACGCCAAUGCGAGCACUGUCUGCCUUCAUGCAACGGAGUAAGCAUGGGCAUUACUACCAAUGUGGCGCCCUUAAGGCGUACCCUUAAUAGUACCGGCUACUUAAACGGUUUGCUCAAGGGGUUGACCAACGAGCGACCACUGGCCAUAAUUAAACUAUUCUUUAAACUGCGUUUUGCACAAGCCACUAAAUCGCAACUGGUGAGCACUUGGGUUGUUCUUCUGAAUCGUUUUGGAGGAAUUCUCUCGCUUAUGUAUGGAUUUAGCAUAGUCAGUUACAUAGAGAUUAUUUACUAUCUUACCGGUAAAGGGUUUGUAUACAUAUUCAGAUCACUUUCGGUUAAAAAACCCAAAAAACGAAACUUAUCUCACAGCCUCUACUGGAAUGAACUUAUGCCCAAGGGUGUUAAGAAUCUACCAUAUUAAGAUCUUUUUAA